UUUAGGUUUAUUGUAGGCGAGCAAGGGGCCCGCGGCGCCCAUCGCCAGGAGCGCCAGGUUUGCAGCACAAAUCACUCGUUUUCUUCGAUUUCGCUAUUCGCUAGGCUGUCGGCGGCAGCACAUUUGAUCGCAUUAAGCGACAAGAGCGAGUGUUGACUUCGAUUCUUGUGAGAAUUGUGCCAAUCGCUCUCUCCUGCCACUGCAAGCCAUAGAUUUUCUCGAGUUUCUAGUGAUUUCUUCCCUUUCCCAGUGGGCCAUGCGUUUCUUCCUGCGAUGAUUGCUACCAUUCGACAAGCUGAUGCGUUUCUUCGUCUUCCAUUUUGUCACUCUCGGCUUUUAGCAGCGCCUGCAAACACGUUUCCUUGUGCGUGUCUUUUGUCCGAGGUUCAUGCUCAAGGACUUGGUUUUACCAGGCCUCUCACUGCUAAGAGGGAGGAUCGAGAGAGUCGUGUAGCCGCUAGAGUGGGCGAUCAAGGCCGGGUGAUGGCCAUCGUUAGCGUUCCUCCGCCGGGAUACAGGGCCAAUGUCGGUGUUUGUCUCAUCAACAAGAAAAACCAGGUCUUUGUUGCGAACAGGCUCGAUGUUCCUGGAUCCUGGCAAAUGCCUCAGGGAGGUGUUGACAAGGGGGAGGAGCCGCGAGAAGCUGCGAUCCGAGAGCUACGAGAGGAGACUGGAGUUACUUCAGUGGAAGUUCUUGGAGAGGUUCCAGAGUGGCUGACUUACGACUUUCCUCCCGAUGUGAAAGCGAAGAUCACACGGCUCUGGGGAAAAGAAUGGACGGGUCAAGCACAGAAGUGGUUUCUCUUCAGAUUUACUGGAGACGAGAGUGAGAUUGAUCUUGCUGGUGAUGGCAAAGAGGCUGCUGAAUUUGCCGAGUGGAAAUGGCUGCCAGUUCCAGAUGUAAUCCAAGCUGCCGUAGAGUUCAAGAAGCCAGUCUACGAACAAGUAUUCAAAGUUUUCACGCCGAUGAUCCAGGCCUAGAAGAAAAGCAUUUUUCUAAUGAAUGCCCUCGCGUACGUUCAAGAUUUUGCCGCGUGGCAGAUUUUCAUCCGUCGAUGUAGCUCUUUAAGAAUAAAAAAGAGUUUGGUUCUUCUUCUUU